GAUCGACGUCAGGCAGCCAAAGCCGCUAAGGAAGCCGCCAAGGCAGUAGACGAAGAUCCCAACAUUUUCUCUCGCUCUACAACAUCAUCCACCCUUCCUCGGACUAUUCUCGUCAAUUCUAAGCCGGACGAGAAGACGGGGGAGAAAGUGGGAAAACGAGGGGAUGCGAAACAAACCCCUGCACCUCAGGGCAACGAAGCUAAGAAACGCGACAAGCGAGGCGAUCCUGCCACUCCUCUGCCUGCUUCAAAUCAGUCCCCGUCAAAAGCGAAAGCUCAAACACGCAAAGGUACCCCUAGCAAUAGUGCCCUGACGACUGCGUCAGAUGCAAAGGGGGUUGCGGCUCCCCCUGCUGAGCCAGCCUCCCAAGAUCCUCCCAAGGAGCGUGAGCGGAAACGACCGAUGCUUAAUCCCCGGAUGUUUGAAGCUGCAUUGGCUGGCGUUGGUGCAACCAGUUUGCGUUCAAAGGAACGUCGCGACCAGAAGCUCUCGGGGGCUGCAAGCGAGGACAACAAGGCGGCAUAUGUUUCUGCUGAACAAUCCAAGGAGACAGUUUUUAAAGAGAAGAAGUUGGCUCCCGUGUCGAAGGCGAAGAAAGGACGUGACGCAUCGUCAAAUCCCGAGCCCUCGGGCUCUUCCUCAGUAUCUCUCCCCAGAGCUUCAUUAGAAGCAACAGAUACUGUUACUACACCGCAAUCCCAGCCAGACUCAAGGGCCCAGGCAGCAAGCCGACAGCCUGAAUCUCCACGUGGACACCAUCGCCGCGGUCGUGGUAAAGGUCGUGGAGGAGCAAGAGGUGGAGCACCAAGUAAUUCUCAACGGCAAGAUAGUGAAAAUCCUACCGGUGGAGGGUAGUAAUGGCGUUGACCGUGUAAACCCCAGGAUUUUAGGGUAGGGAUUACACCAGCUGCCCCAUGACCAGGUUUUUGGAUCGACUCUGGACAUUAGCGUCUUAGAGUGUUCCGCUCAAAAUUGGUCAGGACUGCAGUGAGAAUUCAAUUCAUGGUCGUUUCCAAUGACACGUCCUAUCCUAUUCUGAAGUCCGGUAGUGAACAUUCGAUCACACAUCGUGAAAAUACACCAAGGUGCUUCUGGUUAUUUCCAUCUCAUUUUCUGAGCGA